GAAAAUUGGCCAAUUGCAAGGCAUGGAUGCCCUUGCCGUGCGUCACGAGCGACAUCUGGGCAUGGAGGCUGGGCACCGCAAGCCAUCUCCGCGCCGGUCGCUGCAUUUUCUCCAGGCGCUUUUCAUCCUCUUUGUAGGACUCUGUGCUAUCAUCAGCUAUACCUUCGUGACGUCACGGGUCGAAAAGAUUCGUCCCCGCAUCACGAACAGGACGAACCGCGCCACUCGUGGGUUUGUUGUUCCCAUGUUUGACGCGAUGAUUCCGAUUGGAAUCUCCCUUAUCAAGGAGUUGCGCCGGUACGGGAACAACGACAUCGUUCAAGUGUAUCAUUGUCUCGACGAGAUCUCGCCGCGAUCGAUGCAGCUCCUCUAUCAAUCGGACGAACAAAUCGAGGUGAUUGAUGUGUGUCUCGACUACGUCACGCGGGGCAACUUGACGCUCGAGCAAGCAAAGGACUUCCGCAACUUUUUCAUCAAACCGUUGGCGCUCAUCCACACGCGACUUGACGACGUCAUUUUGUUGGACGCGGACGAUAUUCUGUUUUCAGACCCGGCCGCGCUCUGGACUGUCCCCGCGUAUCGGGAGUAUGGCACGAUCUUCUUUUACGACCGCGAAAUCAACGAAAAUUCGUAUUUGAAUGGCAAGCACCGGUGGACGAACGAAAAAGGCGUCGACGUUGAAGAGAACACGUUGCAGGAGAUGAUGCGCGUGUUCGAAUCCGAGCGGUUCGGCCUUGAGCGCAACAAGCCGUCCGACCAUGUCCGCAACUCGUUGCCGUACAAUAGCCAAGGAGCUCAUGAACAAGACUCGAGCGUCGUUGUCGUCGACAAGCGGGUGCACAAGAAGGCCAUGGACGUCCUGUGGUUCCUCAUCACUGAGUGGCGCUACCGGUACUCGUACUCGUGGGGCGACAAGGAAAACUUUUGGCUCGCAUACGAGUUCAGCCACUCGCCAUACUACUUUUCGCCGCACGGGACGUCGGCUGCAGGCGGGCGCCAAGGCCACGACCCUCAAACGGUCUGCGGGGAUAUCGCACAUUUCUUCCCCUUGGACGGCCGCGACGACAUCCUCCACAUCAAUGGGAAUCGGCUUAUCAACCCAUACAUCAAGACCAACAGCGUCAACGGCUACAACCGAAAGUUCGACGCAGGCAAGCUCACUGAAAUGGUGGCCAACUUGCCGGAGUACUUUGCUGGCUUACGUCGCCGCGGGCCGACCCCCAUCAUGCAGCCUAACGGGAGUUGUCCCCAAGAGUGCAUGUACCAGCGCGGCGUGAUUCGUGUGACGGAAGCACAGCGCCAGUCUAUGGCCCAGCGCAUCUCAGACUCGUUCGAAGUGGCCGCGGCUAUCGACGCAUUUGGUAGCCAAGGACUUGAACAAUGAUGGAAUCGAUAAUAUGAUCUAGCUAUCGGAGUAGAA